AGGGGAGGGGAGAGGAGACUGUGUCAGAGACAGGGGUGAGGAAAAUACUGUGCUAUGAGUUCAUUUUACUUUUGACUCUGCAGCUUGAAUAGGAUGAUGCUUCCCAUGACCGUAACCAGGGGUACAGCUCAGAGCUGUGGAGAUCAAAGAGAAUAGCUAUAGACAUAUUCUGAGGCAGUUAGUGGAAAUCUAAGGCUACAAGCUAAAUGGAGUUGGAUAUUUGCAUUUCAGAGUUGACCAGACAUUGAGGAGUAUUGGGGAUCUCUUUUUCCAUCUCCCGCUAGUUCCAUAGAAAGGAUUUGAUAGAUUUUACCUUGACUUCUGAAGCUGUUGUGUGGGGAUCCAUAAAUGCUGAGAGACUUGAAAUGGGAUUAAAUCCGAGCGACUGCGUUCAAACUUGAAGUCCAUUACCUGUCAUGCCCUGAGCCCUGAGUAGCAGUAAGGAUGCCAGGGGGCCAGUAUCAGAUGUCUUCCAGGAGGCCUCGCCCCAGCCGCCAUAGCCUGUCAGUCAGCUCAGAAGGUGGGCAGGAUGAGGAGGAGGCCAACCCUCCCAAACGCCUCACUCCCCUGGAGAGGCUCACCACCGAAAUGUGUCAGGAUGAGCAGACCAUCAAGGAGCUGAUCUUGGGCCGUAGGAUUGGCUUCUACAAGGUCCGUGGUGAGAUUGGCUCUGGAACCUUCUCCCGUGUCAAAAUGGCCUUCCACGUCCUCACCAAAGACAAGGUGGCAAUCAAGGUGCUGGAUAAGACGCGGCUGGAUGUUCAGGCCCAGAGGCUACUCUCCAGGGAGAUCUCCUGCAUGGAAGCCCUGCAGCAUGCCAAUGUUGUGCGCCUUUACGAGGUGGUGGAGUCACACAGCCGCCUCUACCUGGUGAUGGAGUACGCCAGUGGAGGGGACCUCCACACACACAUCUGCUCUGAGGGCAGGCUGUCAGAAGCAGAGGCCAAGAUCACCUUUGCACAAAUCCUGUCUGCCAUCAAACAUAUGCAUGACAAAAACAUCAUCCACCGGGACCUGAAGGCCGAGAAUGUACUGUACACCUGUAAUGGCUGUGUGAAGGUGGCUGACUUUGGCUUCAGCACCAGGGUCAUCAACCGCAGCGACACCCUGGACACCUUCUGUGGUUCUCCCCCCUACGCCGCUCCUGAACUCUUCAGGGACGAUUGCUACGUGGGGCCACCAGUGGACGUGUGGGCCAUGGCUGUCCUGCUCUUCUUCAUGGUGACCGGCACCAUGCCCUUCCAGGCUGACACCAUGGGCAAGCUGAGGCUCGCCGUUAUAGAAGGGGUCUACAUCCUCCCGCCCUGGGUACCAGGCCCGUGCCAGCGGCUGAUCCGGGGCAUACUGAAGCCUGUACCAGCGGAUCGUUAUGCGGUGGACCAGAUGUUGGGCUGUGACUGGCUGCUCCCUGUGGAGUACCCGUGGACAGUGGUGCCACCGGUCCCCCUCAACCCUCUGCGCCUGGCAGAUGCAGAGCCUGGGGAGCUGGAUGAUGAGGAGGAGGAGAUCAGGGCCUCUCUGGAGGAGUUGGGUGUCAACAUGGAACAUAUACGCAACAACCAGGGCAAGGGCAGCCGCAGCCCCAUCACCGGACUUUACCGUAUCCUCUUACACCGCGCCCAGAAGAGGCGUGGCGCCGAGACUGUGCCAGUGAUCAGAGGGUUGAUCCAGGACCCUAAGAGAGAGGGCCUCCGAGCCUACAGAGGUCUGAUGCACGCCUCCAAGUUAUGUGUCCUUCAGUAAGUGACAAGCCUGGACAUGGGUCCUUAUGUAAACCUGCUUUAAUCCAUUGAACAUUCACUCAGCAUCAUACAGCUACAAAUGUUCUAUUGAAAUGUAAAAAUAAAAAAAACGUGUUUUGUGUGUAUGUAAGACAGGAACCUCUGUAUACGAACAUUUGUGGUAACACACAGAUACUGAAACAUUGGCCUGAAGGACUGAUGUCUCUAACAAAGUAUUUGUGUUAUUUUGUUAUCUAUUCUUUUUUUAUCUCAGCAUAGCUUGUUCUCUUUUCUAUUAUCCACUAUUGUCUACUGUACACUGCUCUGUUAUAUUUCUUAUAUUGAUAUUGCACUGUUG